AUGGAGGGCCACUGUGGACCUCAGGAUGAUACUGAGUCCUGCCUCUGCCCCCUCAAGACGGAUGAAGCCCAGGAAUUCCAGCUGCGGCGGCGGUGGCUCAGGUCGCAGACCCCAGUAGAUCCCUGGAGCAACUGGAGCAGUUCUGUGUGUGUCCCUGCCGAAAUCCCCCCACAGCUCAAGAUGAACUGCUCAGUGGAGCUGCUCCGCCCAGAUGGAAGGAGGCGCCUGAUCUUGCAGGAGCAGCCGCUGCCCCAACUUGAGCUUCCAGAAGGCUGCCACAGAACCACUCAGGACAUGGAGGCAACAUACCGCAUCCACUUGCACAUGUUGUCCUGCCCGUGCCAGGCCAGGCCCACCAGGACUCUACCUCUGAAGAAAAAACUUAACCUCUCGGGUGCUGCCUACAACGUGACUGUCAUCUCUCGGAAUCGCUUUGGUCCCAGCCACAACCAGUCAUGUCUCAUUGCCGCUGACAACCAUACAGAACCUGGAGCUCUAAAGAUCAGUGUCGGAGCCAAGGGGACCAUAAUGCACUGGGCAGGCCAGGCUCUGAACACAACGUACUGCAUUGAGUGGCAGCCCCAUGACCAGGACAGGAGCCUUGCUAACUGUACCCUGACACACCAGGCCCCGGACGUGGCUGGAAUGGUGAUGCCCAGCUGGAGCCCAGCAUCAGCAGUGAGCCAGGAGGGGUGUUAUCGCAUCACCGUUUUUGCCUCCAUGUACCCGGAGAAGCCCAACAUGUGGUCCACGGUCCUGUCCACCUACCACUUCUGGGGCAAUGCCUCGAGGGCCGGGACUCCACAGGACAUCUCGGUGAAGAAACAUAGCACAGACUCGGUGUUGGUGCACUGGGCAGAGUCGCCCCUGAGCUCCUGCCCUGGCAUCCUGAAAGGGUACGUCGUGCAGUGCCGGCAUGAGGACAGCAGCCAGGUGUCAGAGCUUCCUGUGAAUGCCACAGAGAUCCAGGUCAUCCUCCAUGGCCUGCAGCCUGGCGUGACCUACAAGGUGCAGGUCCGAGCGGACAUGACAGUGGGGCACAGUGCCUGGAGCGAGCCGCAGCAAUUCAGCAUCGAAGUUCAGGUUUCGGAUUUGUCCGUCUUCCUGGUGUCGCUGGGCAGCUUCACAAGCAUCCUCAUUCUGGGCAUCCUCGGGUACUUCGGCCUGAACAGGGCUGCACAGUGGUUGUGCCCGCCCCUGCCUACACCCUGUGCCAGCACUGCCCUUGAGUUCCCUGGCAGCCAGGGAAAGCAGGUUUGGCAGUGGAUUAAGCCAUUGGGCUUCCCAGAAGAGGCUCCCCAGCAGGAGGCCCUGGUGGUGGAGAAGUUCUGGGGCAAAGGCGAGGGGACUGGACUGGACAUGGCUGGGCCUGUAGAGACAGAGCUAGCUCCCGAGGGCCAGGCUGAGGCUCCGGGGCCUGUCAGGCAAGAUGGUCCGGCAGAGGGAAGCCUACUGCUCUCGCGAGACCUAAUGCAGUGUUCCAGGCUUGGGAGCCCUAGGCACAUCGAGGCUUGA